AUGGGCAGCAAUGACUCUUCUCUUAUGGCUGGGAUCAUUUACUAUAGCCAGGAAAAGUACUUCCGCCAUGUGCAGCAGGCAGCGGCCAUGGGUCUGGAAAAAUUCAGCAACGACCCCGUGCUGCAGUUCUUUAAAGCCUACGGACUCUUCAGGGAAGAGCGCAUCCAAGAUGCCAUCAGCAACCUGGAGAGCCUCCGGAAUCACCCAGACAUGUCCCUGUGCUCCAUCAUGGCCCUCAUUUACGCUCACAAGGGCUGUGAAACCAUUGACCAAGAAGCGAUUCAGGAGCUCGAGAGCAGCCUGAAGGAAAUCCGCAAGACGGCCAGCGGGACGGCCCUGUACUACGCCGGCCUCUUCCUCUGGCUCAUGGGCCGCCACGACAAGGCCAAGGAGUACAUCGACCGCGUGCUGAGGCUCUCCAGCAGCUCCAGAGAGGGCUAUGUGCUGAGAGGCUGGGUGGACCUCACCUCAGACAAGCCCCACACUGUGAAGAAAUCCAUCAAGUACCUGGAACAAGGAAUUCAGGACACCAAAGAUGUGCUGGGGCUGAUGGGAAAGGCGACAUACCACAUGACGCAGCAGAACUACUCCGGAGCCCUGGAGGUCGUGAACCACAUCACCGUCAUCUCGGGGAGCUUCCUGCCCGCCUGGGUCCUAAAGAUGAAGCUGUUCUUGGCUCGGCAGGACUGGGAGCAGACGGUUGAAACAGGAUACAGAAUCCUAGAAAAAGACGAAAGAAAUAUUGAUGCCUGCCAAAUUCUAGCCAUGCAUGAGCUUGCAAGAGAAGGAAACGUGACCAUAGUAAGUUCUGUUUCGUCCCUGCAGGCUGCCGAUCACGUUAGAAAUCUGAUUAAGGCGCUAGAGACUAGAGAACCCCAAAAUCCAAGCCUCCAUCUUAAAAAAAUUCUGGUGGUUAGCAGACUGUGUGGGAGGCACCAGGUGAUUCUACGGCUGGUGUGUAACUUCAUAGAGCGCACCUUCAUGGCCGCGCCCGCCUGCGCCCGCAUGGCCAUAGAGCUGGGCUACUGCUUCAUCCUGCAGGACCAGGUGAAAGAGGCGUCCAUGUGGUACUCGGAGGCCAUGAAACUGGACGAGAACAGUGUGGCCGCCUUGACAGGGGUCAUCUGGUGUCAGAUCCUAGAGGGCCACCUGGAGGAGGCUGAGCACCAGCUGGAAUUCCUGAAGGAGGUGCAGCAGUCCCUGGGGAAGUCUGAGGUGCUGGUUUUCCUCCAAGCCCUUCUGGCCUCCAAGAAGCGCAAGGGGGAGCAGGAGGUGACGGCGCUGCUGAGGGAGGCGGCGGAGCUGCACUUCUCCAGGAUGCAGGGCCUGCCCCUGGGCUCCGAGUACUUUGAACAGCUGGACCCCCUCUUCCUGGUCUGCAUUGCCGGGGAGUACUUGCUGUUCUGCCCCAAGCAGCCCCGGUCACCAGGCCAGAUCGUGUCUCCACUUCUUAAACAAGUCGCUGUGAUCCUGGGUCCUGUAGUGAAGGCAGCACCGGCUCUGAUCGACCCCCUGUAUGUGAUGGCUCAGGUCAAAUAUCUCUCAGGGGAGUUGGAGAAUGCCCAGAGCACUGUGCAGCGCUGCCUGGAGCUGGACCCCACCUCCGUGGAUGCCCACCUCCUCAUGGCCCAGAUCUACCUGGCUCAGAGCAACUUUGCCAUGUGCUCCCACUGCUUAGAGCUGGGCGUCAGCCACAACUUCCAGGUCCGAGACCACCCCCUCUACCACUUCAUCAAGGCCAGGGCCCUCAACAAGUCUGGGGACUAUCCAGAAGCCAUCAAGACACUGAAAAUGAUCAUCAAGUUACCAACUCUGAAGACGGAGGAAGGCAAGAAGCUCCGCAGGCCCUCCAUGCGGCCCAGCGAGCGGGUGUCGGUCUUGCUGGAACUGGCCGAUGCCCUCCGGAUGAACGGGGAGCUGCACGAGGCCACCAAGGUCAUGCAAGAUGCCAUCAAUGAGUUCAGCGGCACGCCGGAAGAGAUCCGCAUCACCAUCGCCAACGUGGACUUGGCCCUGAGUAAGGGGAGCGUGGACAUGGCGCUGAGCAUGCUCAGGAACAUCACGCCCAAGCAGCCCUGCUACAUGGAAGCCAAGGAGAAAAUGGCCAGCAUCUACCUGCAGACCCGCAAGGACAUCGGCCUCUACAUCGGAUGCUACCGGGAGCUCUGUGAACAUCUGCCUGGCCCCCACACCAGCCUGCUACUGGGUGAUGCUUUCAUGAACAUUCAGGAGCCGGAGAAGGCCCUGGAGGUCUAUGACGAGGCCUAUAGAAAGAACCCACACGACGCCUCCCUGGUCAGCAGAAUCGGGCAAGCUUACGUGAAGACUCACCAGUACACCAAGGCAAUUAAUUAUUACGAGGCCGCCCAGAAGAUUAGUGGACAGGACUUUCUGUGCUGUGAUCUGGCCGAACUGCUCCUGAGGUUAAAGAAGUUCAACAAAGCAGAAAAGGUUUUGAAGCAGGCGCUGGAACAUGACGUAGCUACAGACAUCCCAUCCAUGAUGAAUGAUGUCAAGUGCUUGCUUUUGCUGGCAAAGGUGUACAAGAGCCAUAAGAAAGAAGACGUGCUGGAAACCCUGAACAAGGCCCUGGACCUCCAGUCUCGGAUACUGAAGCGCGUUCCGCUGGAGCAACCGGAGAUGAUCCCCUCCCAGAAGCAGCUGGCAGCCUCCAUCUGCGUCCGGUUUGGGGAGCACUAUCUGGCAGAGAAGGAGUAUGCCAAGGCAGUGCGGUCUUACAAGGAUGCCCUCUCCCACUGGCCCACUGACAACGAGGUGGUGAUGGAACUGGCACGGAUCUCUCUGCUCCAGGGGCACCUGGACUUGUGCGAGCAGCACUGUGCCAUUCUCCUAGAGACUGAGAAGAACCACGAGACCGCCUGCGUGAUGAUGGCUGACCUGAUGUUUAGAAAACAGAAGUACGAAGCUGCCAUCAAUCUCUACCACCAAGUCCUGGAGAAAGUGCCAGACAAUUUUUCUGUACUGAAUAAACUAAUUGAUCUGCUACGAAGAAGUGGGAAACUCGAAGACGCCCCUGCCUUCUUUGAAUCGGCCAAGAAGUUGUCCAGCCGAGUGCCUUUGGAGCCGGGGUUCAACUACUGCACAGGCAUCUACUGCUGGCACAUAGGGCAGGCCAAUGAAGCUCUGAGGUUCCUAAACAAAGCUCGCAAGGACAGCACUUGGGGCCAGAGCGCCACCUACUACAUGGUGCAAAUCUGUCUGAACCCAGACAACGAGAUAGUGGGAGGAGAGGCCUACAUGCUGCUGAAGCAGGUCCCCAAGGCGCGCACGCAGCUGAAGCGUCUGGCCAAGGCCCCGUGGGUGCUGGCCGAGGCCGAGGACCUGGAGAAGAGCUGGCUCCUGCUGGCCGACAUCUACUGCCAGGGCGGCAAGUUCGACCUGGCCUCCGAGCUGCUGCGGCGCUGCUUGCAGUACAACAAGUCCUGCUGUAAAGCCUACGAGUACAUGGGCUUCAUCAUGGAGAAAGAGCAGUCCUACACGGAUGCAGCCAGCAACUACGAGCUGGCCUGGAAGUACAGCCAUUAUGCCAACCCUGCUGUCGGCUUCAAACUAGCUUUCAACUACUUGAAGGGCAAGAGAUUCGUGGAGGCCAUCGAAGUCUGCCACAAUGUCCUCGGGGAGCACCCCAACUACCCCAAAAUCAGAGAAGAAAUUCUGGAAAAGGCCCAAGGGUCUCUGAGGCCCUAG